AUGGACAAUAAGAUGGAAAAGUACUGGAGGCGACUAUUUUAUAUGCAGCCAAUCGCAGGACCCACUCCUUUGGAUCCUGACACGAUAGAAUACUUCGGGAUAUAUAGUAUUACCGAGUCCCAAGUCGCCACCCAAAAACGAUGGUAUAUUUAUUAUGGCCUUAGAACAGAAAGGUUAAAGGUUAUGGAAAGGAUUCGCAAGAAAUAUGGUAAAAAACAUGUCCGGGAAAUAUUUCAGAUCGCCACAUUCAGCGGAGUGGGAUUUCAUAAAAUCGUAAGAGAAUAUUUCUGCAACUUAAAAUGGUUCACAAGCAGAAAUCUCUUGGAAGCUCCACUUAAUAGUCAUUAUAAUGAUGAAAGACUCGUGAAAACAGUUUCAGACUUGCAUAACAAGGAGCUAAGAAGAAUCUUUGACUGUAUAAUGAUACAACACGAUUGGUUUAAGCGCUAUAAUGAUCAAAAGCCACCACCUGCUAAACAUUAAGCUAACUACGGAAUCCGACUAUCAGUUACACGUUACUUAAUUCACAAAUCUUUUUUUGAAAAUGCGCCAUCUGUUGGCUAGUAACGACAUUUGUAAAUUUUUUUACCCACAAUUCCAUUGAAUUGUUAUCCCUACUGAUUGAAUGCAUUUUAAAAAAAAGUUCAA